GCCAAACACAAAAUCGCCUUGUACACUGGAACCUUCAGAUUCGAGAACAGCGCAGGCGACUACAAACUUGGUACUCUCUACAGGCUAAAAUAAAAUCUCAGAAAGACAUCGAAAAUGCCUGCUCCGACGGCGCUGCAGCGCGCUCCUCCAGAGACAAUCGCCGAGUCCGCAGACCAACAGCCCCACGACAUUCCUCUCCCUCCCGACUCAAAUGAAGAAAAUAUCGAAGUGGACAUAAUAACGGCGCCCCAACCAGAGAGCGCCGUGACGCAGGCACUGGAAGAGACGGACACAGCCAUGCAAAUCGACGAAGAAGGCCGACCUCGAUUCGCCCCGGCCUCACAGAGCGGCUCAGAGACGACGGCGGCGCUCCGAAUACAGUCGCGCAAGGUGCCGGUGCCGCCACACCGCAUGUCGCCGCUGAAGCAGAGCUGGGGGAAGAUCUACCCGCCGCUGGUGGAGCACCUGAAGCUGCAGGUGCGGAUGAACGUCAAGGCCAAGGCGGUGGAGCUGCGGACGUCGCGGUUCACGACGGACGCGGGCGCGCUGCAGAAGGGCGAGGACUUUGUGCGGGCCUUCACGCUGGGGUUCGACGUCGACGACGCCGUCGCCCUGCUGCGCCUCGACGACCUAUACAUCGAGACGUUCGAGAUCAAGGACGUCAAGACCCUGCAGGGCGAGCACCUGGGCCGCGCCAUCGGCCGCAUCGCCGGCAAGGACGGCAAGACCAAGUUCGCCAUCGAAAACACCUCCAAGACCCGCGUCGUGCUCGCCGACUCGAAGAUCCACAUCCUCGGCGGCUUCCAGAACAUCCGCAUCGCCAGGGAGGCCGUCGUCAGUCUGAUCCUCGGCGCCCCGCCCGGCAAGGUGUAUGGGAAUCUGCGGACCGUGGCGUCGCGGAUGAAGGAGAGAUUUUGAGCGUGGAUGUUUGUUUUUGUGUCUCUUUCACUAUUACCCAUGGCACGGUGCAUCAGAGGGCUUUUUCACGAGUGCAUAUGAAAUGUUGCGGUGAUCAAUGGGAACGGGCGUUCGAGAUGGAUGGAUGGAUUCGCAUGAAAACGACCGGAGGGAAAUGUGGUUUGUCGUUACCACCCUGGAACCUCAGCCAUAUCCUUGCAAUGAAACGGGAAAAGAAUAGAAACCAAAUGAUGACGACCCCAGGUAAACUAGAUUGACCCAACCCAUGUGGCUUCGGGUUUCCAGCCUGACCCCAUUUCGCCGAGCUAUGCAUACAGAAACAAAGCCCCCUAGAAGCUGAGUCUUCAGUGUGGUUCUAAUCCC